GGGGCGGCGGUGGCAAGAGAGGGGGGGCGCCCAUUGUUGCGCCGGGUACUUAAGGGGUCCUGAGGCCGGUCGUGUGCCACACUCGGUACUCACACGAGCUGAUCUGAUAGCCGGCAAGAUCACUCGGGAGACCAGCCGGGAGCGUGGCCUCUACAAGCGAGGCGAGAAAGCGAGGCUAAGUUCCCGGUGCGUCCCUGCGCCCUUCCAGGCCUUCGCGCCCGAAGCGGGCACAGAGUAGGCCCGGGCCGUUCGGAACGUAAGUGCGCCCCGGCGGCCCUACCCUCAGCCCAGGCUUCUGCCCUCUAAGCUCCAUCUUAUCCGUCCGUCGGUCCUGAACAAAGCAACGAUGCCAGCCUCUCUGGACACACGCCUCUCGGACCUUGACUGCGCCAGCAGCAGCAGCAGCAGCGACCUCUCCGGCUUCCUCACCGACGAGGAAGACUGUGCCAGGCUCCAACCUCCAGGUUCCGCCUCGGGGCCGCCCGUGCCAGCCUGCAGGGGCGCUCCUGGGAUUCCCGGGGCGUCUGAUACUUCCCGGGCGCAGGACGACGAGCAGGAGAGGCGGCGGCGCAGGGGCCGCGCGCGGGUGCGUUCAGAGGCGCUGCUGCACUCGCUGCGCAGGAGCCGGCGCGUCAAGGCCAACGACCGCGAGCGCAACCGCAUGCACAACUUGAACGCGGCGCUGGACGCGCUGCGCAGCGUGCUGCCCUCCUUCCCCGACGACACCAAGCUCACCAAGAUCGAGACGCUGCGCUUUGCCUACAACUACAUCUGGGCUCUGGCGGAGACCCUGCGCCUGGCAGACCAGGGGCUGCCCGGGGGCGGUGCCCGGGAGCGCCUCCUGCCGCCGCAGUGUGCCCCCUGCCUGCCCGGGCCCCCAAGCCCCGCCAGCGACUCCGAGUCCUGGGGCUCCGGUGCUGCCUCCUCUCCCUGCACCGCCGCCGCCUCGCCACUCUCUGACCCCAGUAGCCCCGCAGCCUCCGAAGAUUUCGCCUACGGCCCCGGCGACCCCCUUUUCUCCUUCCCUGGCCUGCCCAAGGAUUUGCUCCACACGACACCCUGUUUCAUCCCUUACCAGUAGGCCCUUUUUAGACACCGUUACCUUCUCCCGCCUCCAGGCAACAGGCAGUAGAUGGGGCCCCAGCUGCGGCCUCCGGACCCCCAGUCCAGGCGGAGAGAGGAAGCAGGAGCAUUCAAGGGGCGGGGGAUACCUGAGCCGCUUACUACGUCGGUGCACCCUCGCCGUAGCUGCCCCUUGGUCUAUUCCUCCAGCCCUCAGCCCCGGGCCCCUCCUGCCCGCCCCUAGACGGCCUUCCCUUUUGCACUUUCUGAACUCCACAAAACCUCCUUUGUGGCUGGCUCAGAGCUGACCCCAGCCACCAUUUCAGUGUGAUUUAGAAAAGGGACAGAUCAGCCCCUGAAGACGAGGUGAAAAGUCAAUUUUACAAUUUGUAGAACUCUAAUGAAGAAAAACGAGCAUGAAAAUUCGGUUUGAGCCGGCUGACAAUACAAUGAAAAGGCUUAAAAAGGAGAGACAAGGAGUGGGCUUCAUGCAUUAUGGAUCCCGACCCCCACCACUGCAGGGUUGCUCGAGGAAGAACCCGAGACUCUUGCGUAGCUAUUCAGGCACUGGGCUGGAGAGUACUUUAAUUUAUUCAAGAUGCUUCAUUCAUAUGAAAAUGUAUUUUUGUACAUAAAGAGUUUAUUCUAUUAUUAUGAGCUAUCAAAGUUUACAUUUUUGUACUGCAGAUGUUUCAUGUAAAUAAA